CUAUUGUUUAAUGACGAGGAGAGUGUAUUUCCUCUUUUACGAACAACCCUUUUUGGUGAUGAUUCGCUACCUUGUGGUAACAAGAUAGCAGUUGUCGGUGUGGAUAACGGUAUCGUGAUAUUUGAAUUAAUAAUGUUACUAUUGACCAUUGAAUUUGCACAGCUUGUGCUUGUUGAUAUUAUGUCACCGCUACUCAUUCUUCAAUCUUUCACUGAGGAAUUAGACUCUGCAUUUCUUGGCUUGCUUACGAUUUCAACAUCAGGACAAAUAUUCAGACUACACGUAAAAAAUCGAUUUCUAUAUAAGGGUGUUGAAAGAAAGAUGCCGUAUAUGGAUAACAAGAUUACAGAGUUGGACUACGUGGCCGAUGGUGGUUCAUCAAGGGUUCUGAAAAAAAUGCUGGUCAUUAAUGGCAACGAAAUACCUGUUGCCAUGAAAAUUGUAGAUGGAAAAUCGAAUGAAGCUGCCAGAGAGCUUAAAAUCUAUUCCAAGAUACAAACACACGAAAACAUUAUUAAAUUUUAUGAGUCACGUCAUGAACCAGAUGGAUCCUAUACAUUUGUUUUAGAAUAUGGGGAGUUGGGAAGUCUACGCGG